CCAGCAUCAACACCAGCAACACAACUACUGUGAAACAUACAGCCUGAAACGUCGAACAUCGUUGCAGCAACGACUUUGCACAGUCCGAAACCUUGAGUGCCUCAGCACCAACAGACAUUACUUGUGUGAUAGGCGCCUCGUAAGCAGAUGCAGGCCCUCACCAACACGCUAUGGGGCGGGGCAAAGAAAGAUUCGUGUGGCGGGGUGGAGUUCUGGCACUCACCAGAGCGCUGCGGAUGGUUACAAAAGCAAGGCGAAAUCAUUAAGACAUGGCGUCGCAGGUGGUUUGUGAUGAAGCAGGGCAAGAUUUUCUGGUUUAAGAGCGAUGUUGUGACGCCGGACUCGGUCCCACGCGGUGUUAUCGACGUGAACAAGUGCCUGUCCAUCAAGGGCGCAGAGGACACAAUCAACAAGGCCAACGCAUUUGAGAUCAGCACACAGACGGAAUCCAUGUUUUUCAUCGCGGACACGGACAAGGAGAAGGAGGACUGGAUCAACGCCAUUGGCCGCGCCAUUGUCAAGCACUCACGCAGCUUGUUGGAGCACGACCGCGCUGACUACACCAACAACUGAGGAGGCAUGUGGAGGAGCUGUCACGCGGCGUGGCGUGGCAGGGCGUUGCGCCUAUGGCGCGGCUUGGCAGCAGCGGUUCCAGUGAGAUGACGCAGUGAAAUGACGCUACAGUUGGGGCCAUAGCGUUGGUGGCAGCUGGACGGCAAACAGGGAGUUGCAUCCCGUGCAGCGGGGUUCAAACGCGCCACCGGCGGGGAGCUGGCGCCUGCCGCUCGCGGCGAUGCAUGAAGUGGGUAGUGCGGCGCUGACGACGUGGUGGGGUUGCACGGGGCACAUGACAUGGUGGUGUGGGGGGCGUGCUUGGCGCGCUGGUCGCUUGGGGUACGGGGCGUGCACAGGGCGCGAGAUGGCUGCAAGGGCGACAGGAGCCUCUGGGACUGGCAGCGUGAGGAGUGGCAGGGGGCUUUUAUGUACGUAUACUUCACGGCAUGGCUUACAUGCCAAUGGCUAAGAUGACAAACAAGGUACUUGCUGCAUCCAGUUCCGAGUGGUGUCGGGAGUGUGCACCUCUGCCGGGGCGGUUGCAAUUGGUGACGUACGCGGCCGGCCGCUUUAACCUGGGGGUUCAGUGUUCAUUGCCAGUUGUUCUAAUUGCUAGUUGCAUGUGCUGAAGAAUUUUGUGUUGAGUCCUGCGAACUGCAGUGUGUCAGGGCAAUGGCCCGCGGCAAUGGGCCGAUGGCCCACCGCAAUGGCCAGGCGCCCAAGGGGUGCUGGCUGAGCGGUGGCAGGCUUCUGAGCUGACGUUGGACCGUGGAGGCGUGGGGCAACACAAUGGAUGUGACAAGUGAUAUUAUGGCUUGUAUGGGCCAGGGGUCGUGCGAGGGAUGCACCAAAGCGCUGUAAUUUCUGGGGCGU